GAUGAACGGGGACUAUCCUCGGAUGAAGAAACUGCAACCAGUGACAGAAGACAGAUACCUGGACAUGAAAAAAAUCAUCUACUGAAAAACAUUGAGCAAACACGAAUGUCUCAAAAGGAUUUAGAGAAAGAGCGAGCAGACCUGAUGAGGAAGGCCAAACAAAUUCAGCAUAAAACAAAACAAUACCGGAACGCAGCUCGCGACGCCUGGAAAAAGAAAUACUUUGAGGAAAAGAAAAGAACAGCUCCAUUAGAAGACAUCAGCAACGUCCUGCAGAAUGAGCUGGAAGCGUUGCACAAGAAACAGAUCAACAUCCUAGAGGGUCCCAGGGAGAAGAAUCUCAGGCUAGCUGAUGGAGCUCCUUCUGAGAAGAGCAAUCACGUGAUCCAGUGUGCCAGAUUACGUCAUGAGAUAGAGGACUUGUCUAGGAGAGUAGAGAUGGCCCGGAUGAAGCUGACCUCAGAGAUAAAGCUGCGAGUUCAGGCACAAGCAGAGAUGAAAGCGGUUAGAUCUGAAGCCAUGCAGAACCGGGUGGCCUUGCGAGCACCGAGACCCGGCCACGGAAACACAGCUGUCGUGUCAGCAGCCAAGUAG